GACCACUGCUAAUAUUUUGAGCCAAUUAAUCCAGAUUACAAUUCGUGUUUCAAGUAAUAUAAAUUUAUUUUCUCAAUCAGAAUUUUGCAUAUUUUUUUUAAAUUCAGAGAAUCGGUGGUUGAGACGCCACCCUGGAAACAAUCAGGUGGCGUCAUCACUCGGAUAAAUUUCUCAACUCGCAUCGGCGGCUCAACAAUGAGGUUAUGUUUUGAUUAAAAACUAAUUCACUCUCCAAUUUCAGUCGUAUUCUUUGGUAUCUGUAAAUAAGAGCAAAUUUCAAUGAUUUACUGUCAAAAUAAUUGAAAAAACGCACGAAAAUGGCCGCUUGUCGUUUUUCCAUGAUUCUUGCAUCCCGUCGAUUUCACACGACCGUAGAAAAAUUGGAUAUACAAAAAAGGUCACGGUUACGAGUCGUCGACAAUAGUGAAAUUGGAAAACAGGCUAUGCUCGAAGGAAAACCACCCCGGUGCAUUCAUGUCUACAGUAAGAAGAAACACGGUUACAUCGGAGACAGAGUCCUUGUGGCGAUAAAGGGACAAAUGAAGAAGGGAAUAUUAGUGGGUUUAAAAAGGAGUGAAAACCCAAAAAUUCCCAGAUUUGACACCAACAAUAUCGUCCUCAUCGACGACAACGGAACUCCUCUGGGAACAAGAAUUCAUGUUCCCAUACCACACAUCUUGAGAACUAUGAUGAAACAGAAAACGCACAACAAGGGACCGGAUUACACCAAACUCUUGGCCAUUGCUUCUUCUUUUGUGUAGAAUUAUGAUAGAAAUUUAUCAAAUAAAAAUAAAUCUAAGUUAC